AUGGUGGGGAAAACUGUGAAAGCUUCAUUCCCUUCCAACCUCGAACGCACUGUUGCCUCCGCGCUUCUCCUCCUAUCGUCUUCGGCUGCUUCCAAGAGCGAGGAUUGCUGCAGCGCAGAGAGUCGUGAGAGUUCGGGAUGUUCAGCUUCAAAAUCUGAAGGCGGAUCGUGGAGUGUGGAGGCGAGCGCAGGCGGAGAACCAUCGCAUGAGCAGCCGCUGAGGGUGGACGCGUUUGUGCCUGCAUAUCAGGAGCUGAAAUUUAAGAUAGUGCAGAAGAAACGCUCGAAGAGCGUCUGGAUCUCCGACAGUAAGAAACUGAAGACCACAAACCCGGAGCCUAUUUCUGCUCCCACAUCAAGUGAUAGUGUGUCUGAAAUAACCACCACCCAAGCUUCAUCCAGCUUUUCCAGCAGCUCCAGUGCGCAAAGUGCCAGUAGCAAAACUAUUUCUGACAAGAAGUUCAACAAGUCCGCCAUUCCCGGACACAUGGGACGCAAAGCUGCAGCUAUUCUCAGGAUUCUAUCUAAUGGAAGUGCUUCUGAAGUGAGGAUUCGGCAGUUGCUCGGCGACAGCCCUUCCACAAGCAAAGCCUUGAGAAUGUUGUUGAAGCUACAAGAGGUGAAAAGAUCAGGAUCUGGAGGCCGUAUUGAUCCUUACACUUACAUGAUAGCAUAAUAAGUUACAUCCAUGGAGUUUUAAAUUCAGUCCAGGAAGGAGUUGGUUUUUUAACACGCCACAAUUCUCUAACAUACAGGUAAAUACUGAACCCAAUUAUCCAUCACUUUCUUUGCUUAGUUGUUACAUAA